UAACGCUCAGUUGUGAUUCUAAUUUUGUAUAUAGAGGGUGUAGAAUUGACGUUGUAUUUGAACGGUAUAUUUAACGUAACUAUAUUUCUGAAGAUUACAUGGAUUUACCUUGCUAUAGCAAUAAAUGCAGUGGCUUUUCGUAAUGAUGUGCUGAAACGACGAAAAAUAUUGCCCAUAAUCUCAGUGUAUUGAGCUGAAUGCAAUUUUUAGUGCGGCAGUUUGUUUCGAACGAUGAUAUUCGUUUUCUGAUGAGUGACAGUGUUUUGUGAGUGCACGAGGAGGCUAUUUUCGAAAUACUUCCUAUUGCUUUUGUGAUCACCCGUUCAUUUGGUUCUUUGGGUAAAUUUUGGGGGAAGGUGCAUUGUUCGAUUGACUGUUGUAGAAGAAUUUGUUGACGAUAAUUGAUUGAUGAUUCAUUCUUGCCCUCGCAAAACAAUACACUAGCUGAACGGUAACAAUCGUUGAGGAAAUAUGCAGCGCUGGUGGUUUCUGGAGGAGAAAGGCGAUUCCGCGAAUAGCGGCUCUUCUACGACCGUAGUGAAAAAAGCGAAAUCACUGAAACCACCAGGGGACCGUCGCCAUAAAUUCCGUGUACUAGUUACCCAGGAGUUGUUGAAAGAUGAAACGAUUGCCGUAACGGGUAACUGCGAAGCCCUGGGAAACUGGGAACCAGAGCAUUGCGCUCAAAUGCUACCCGAACAAGAUAACACCAACAUUUGGAGUUUGGAAAUUGACCUACCUCGGGACGUGGCCAUUUCCUAUCGUUACCUGAUAUGCUCGAUAGACCCAAGCAGCGAGAAUGUGCAUGUGCGUCGUUUCGAAACUCACAUUACCUCACGUAGUAUUCCCGUUGAUUGUUCUUCCGACAAGGUACACAUGGAUCAGGAAGCUAGAAUCGAUACACUAGGCGAUAUCGAUGGUUCGGUCAGAUUGGACAAAGGCUGGCUCACUACUGAGACAAUAAUACAAUUCAAAUUUUUCGACAACCCGUUCCUCUUGAAGGAACGCAUCAAAAAUCGUCUGCUAUACGUAAAGAUAACACCAAUGAACCUUCGCAUCAAUGCGGAAAACCAAAAUAUAACCACCUUAUUGGAAGAAUCGCUUUCGAGUGAUACACGCGACAAUGGAACUGAACACCAGGGCUACGCUUUCACGGAGGUUGUUUCUCUGCGAAAUCCAAACACAAUGUACGAACAGCAGUCCCAGUUUGGCUGUCCGUAUCAUCCAGAUGAUUUCAUCGUUUUCAAUGUGACAGUUGCUGAACCGGAGAAUGUGGCUUACCUUGUUGACCUAUUUACGUACAGCUCUCGAUCGAAAAGUGACGAACCUCCGUAUCAUUUGGGUUACCACUAUAUUCUGCCAAAUUUGUUGAAAAAAUCAAAAGGUAUGCUCGAGCUACCAGUGACAUGUGGGAGCAAGCAUCGACCGCUGGGUAUGAUGCGAAUCGAGUAUCUGAAAAUAACCCCAUUGCUUCCAUCCAAGUGUAACCUCGAGCGUUCCUACAUUCGUUACUGGAAUAAACAAUGGACUGGAUUAGACGUAGGACAUCGGGGUUCAGGCACGAGCUUUAAGACAAGCGAAGGCAAUGUAAUUCGCGAGAACACAAUUGCUUCACUGAAAAAGGCUGUCGCACAUGGUGCUGAUAUGGUUGAAUUUGAUGUUCAGCUCAGUAAAGAUCGAGUACCUGUUAUCUAUCACGAUUUCGAUGUAUAUGUCUCGCUUAAACGCAAAACAACCCUAGAAGCAAAUGAUAUGUUGGAGUUACCGAUGCGCGAGCUGACUCUUGAACAACUGAAAAAUCUAAAGGUCUACCAUGUGGUAGAAGGUAGAAACCGCGAGGCAAAAUUCUUCGACGAAGAUCUCGAUGAACACCAACCGUUUCCGCAACUGGCAGACGCCUUGGACUUAAUCGAUCCCCAUUGUGGCUUCAAUAUCGAAAUCAAGUGGUCGCAGAAACUUAAAGAUGGCACUAUGGAAUCAGAUUUACUUUUCGAUACGAAUCUUUAUGUUGAUUGUAUUUUAAAAGUCGUUCUAGAGAAGGCUGGCGAUCGGCGGAUAGUGUUUUCGUGCUUCGAUGCGGACAUUUGUACGAUGCUGCGUCUGAAACAGAAUCUGUAUCCGGUGAUGUUCCUAACGCUGGGUGUGACCAGUCGGUACCCGAGCUAUCACGAUCCACGCUGUAAUUCGAUUGAGAUGGCUGUCAGGAAUGCUUGUGCCUCGGAGCUGCUCGGAAUCGUUGCUCACACAGAGGAUCUCCUGCGUGAUCAAACACAGGUAAAUCUAGCUACAGAGAAGGGAUUGAUAAUAUUCUGUUGGGGUGAUGAUAACAACUGCAAGGAUACGAUUAAACAUUUGAAGAGCCUUGGAAUCCAUGCAAUUAUCUAUGACAAAAUGGAUAUUUACUCCGAUAAGGCUAUCAAAGAAAGUGUAUUUUUAGUGGGCGCUCGCGAAUCACAAGCAUCGAUAUUACAGCAAAUUGAUAUCGAGAAUCGAUCUGAGCAAACAAUUCACUCAGAAAAUCUCAACCAAGAUGAGGCUACACCAACUAUUGAUCGUUCAACAACUACUCUUUGAAUGAAAUGGAAAUUGGACGGAUUUGUAGAAUAAAUAUUGUUCAAAUUUACGGAUCACAAAUAACAGGUAAUAGAAAAUUUCGUUAGUUAAUAAAAUUAUGGCAAUUAGCUGUAACUCAUUCGAAAUAAACGAAAUUGAGGUCGUUUGGUUUUUGUUGUGCAACGUUAUUGUUUAGUUUGGCGAUUCACCGUUCUGCGAAACUCGUCAUUUCCGCAAUUGUAAUCGAACAUCGCAGUUUCAGAAGAAUAUCUCUUUUGUGAUUCCGAAUAAAAUAGUAGAAUUAAUACAUGGUACUAUGGAGUUUUUUACGAUUUCACAUAAAUAUGUAGAUUAGAUUUUUUUUUGCUACUGGCAGAGUGGUGUUUUUUCUAGAAACAAAAAUACAGAGUGCUAUGAGAUUUAACAGACUUAUUAUUAUUUUACAUAGCAAAAUAAAAUAUAAUAAAACAAAGAAUUUAUUCAAUAAAUUUCAGAGAAUUAGCGAAAUGACGAAAUGUUAUGGAUUAAUUAAAAUAAAUUAUUAA